AUGUCUACCGUUGGAUCGUUGAUUUUCUGCCAAGAUUGCGGCACGCUUCUAGACUCCUUUGCAAAUAGACCAUCGAUUCAAUGUCAGAUGUGCAAAAGAACCUACGAGAGUAAGCACUUUGCCAAUCUGAAGGUCGUGACGCAUACCGCUCCAGAUGCUUUUCCAUCUUCUCUCAAAUCCAAAAAGUCUCUUGUGAAGACAUCGCUCAAGACAAGCGAAGUAGAAGAGGGUGCCACGAUCAAAGAAAAAUGUCCACAGUGCGGUAACGACGAAAUGCAGUACCAUACUCUACAACUUCGGUCUGCGGACGAAGGUGCUACCGUUUUCUACACUUGUACAUCAUGUGGUUACAGAUUCAGAACCAACAAUUAG